AUGAAGUCGAUUAGAGCUUAUGGCAAGCUCUAUCAGACCCAAGUAGCUGCCGAUUCCCACCUACAUCCAACCGCCCAGCCCAUGGAUUCUGAUUUCGCUGGCUGGGCGUCAAAUGGAGGACCAGCCGUAUUAAUUCCAGAGAAGAGAGAAGGGGGGGUUGUUGUAACAAGGAGGUACUUCAAGUACUUCAACUUCCGAGAUGCCUGUCGUCCGAUGACCUUUGGAAAUUUGUCAACGAAAGCAAAUCAGCCGUACCACACUGCCAGGGCCAACCAUCCCUACCAGGUCAUGGAACGCCACCUUUUCCCCCGCAAUCGGGUGUUCCUUUCGGGUUCACAAGGAUCCAAAUAUCCUCAUAAUUUCUCGAGUUUACAACCUCACAAGGACGAGAGGACAAGGGUUCGAUUAGAGGCGGGAAGCUUACAGGGUAACGGAGUGCGGAGUAGUCGGUACCUCAUCAAUUGA